AUGGCGGAGCACGGAGCCGCCCUGCAAACUUACAACAACGAGCUAGUGAAGUGCAUCGAGGACUUGAAUCAAAGACGGGAUGAAGUUUCGAAGGAAAUCAAACUUGACGAGAGCGAGAAGGAAAAACUCGAGCAUGAUAUUGCGAUCCUCCACGAACGGCUUCAGAAAGUCAACACUUCGCUCGCCAGGAAGAUUCAAAUUAGAGAUGAAUACGACCAGACAAUUGCGGAAACCGAAGGCGCCUACUCCAAAAUCCUGGAAACAUCUCAGACCCUGUUGAACAGCGUAAAAAUGCAGAUGACGCACAAAUCGCCAAAGAAAGACUUCAAAGCAUAA